GGUGUGGCCGUGACGUCAGGCUCCGGCGACGGUUGCUCGGCCGCCUUGCACGGUGUCGGCAGUCUCCCCCCUCCCCUCCCCAAGAUGGCGGCGGCCACCAGCGGCGAGGCGGCCUGUGGCGAUGGCGACGGCCCCGCGAGCGUCAAGAGGGCGCACCUGGGCAUCCCCGAGGCUGUCUUCGUGGAAGACGUCGAUUCUUUUAUGAAGCAGCCAGGAAAUGAGACCGCAGACACAGUGCUCAAGAAGCUGGAUGAACAGUAUCAGAAAUAUAAAUUUAUGGAACUUAACCUUGCCCAGAAGAAAAGAAGGUUAAAAAACCAGAUUCCUGAAAUUAAGCAGACGCUAGAAAUCUUAAAGCACAUGCAGAAAAAAAAGGAAUCCACAAACCCGAUGGAAACCAGAUUCUUAUUGGCAGAUAACCUCUACUGUAAAGCUUCAGUCCCUCCUACAGAUAAAGUGUGUCUCUGGUUGGGGGCCAAUGUAAUGCUGGAAUAUGAUAUUGAUGAGGCCCAGGCAUUGCUAGAAAAGAAUCUCUCCACAGCCACAAGAAAUCUUGAGUCGCUAGAGGAAGACCUGGAUUUUCUUAGGGAUCAAUUCACUACUACAGAAGUCAAUAUGGCUAGAGUUUAUAACUGGGAUGUAAAGAGAAGAAACAAGGAUGAGCCUUCCAAAAGCAAAGCAUAGUUCUGCCAAUUUUAAAUGUGCUUCUGAUUUAAAAUUAUUAUUUUUAUUUUAAAAAACCCCUCGAGUUCAGCUUUUUGAUGGACUGAGUUUAAUUUAAUCACUUCAAUUGGUAACAUAAAAUCUAAAAAUGGUGCACACAUUUUUUUAAAUUUAUUUGCAAGCCCAGUUUGGUUCCAUGCAUGCUUCACAAAGGACGUGGCUUCUUCAGCCAUCACAAUCUGUCGUAGGAAAAUCCUUGCCAGAAGGAUUGUCUAAAAAAAGUGUGCAGUGCAUUAUGAGGUUUGAAGCCAGCACAUCUUGACAGGUUACUCUCUUUUUGCAAGGGAUUCCAUUAAUGUGUUAUCUGUACUGGAUGAAGAAAGGCCAAAACAAGAUGGUGUCUGGUGUGGUCACCAUUUGGGGUGGGGUGGGAGGGUGUGAUAUGGUACAGUCCUGCACUUGUUGCAGCCAUGCUCCUUCGGCAUCAGCCUUGAAAAGUUCUGCUCAGCAGUUUCCUGUCUAGCUAUCUUCUAGGUGCUUUGCACUCAAGAGCUCCUAAUUGGCCUUUGAAGAAAGGGUUAAAAAAUUGAACCAAGGGCGCAGCCUGUUUGCUUUCACACAAGCAGCCUGUCCGCUUUUCCCAGCGGGUGAAAUUGGGGGGCGCCCAGUAGCUAAGAGCCCGCUGUACACAGCCCGCCCUCCUGCGACCUUUCUGUCUAGUUCAGCUGUCUUAAUGCUUGCCCAGACACUCUGUGAAAGUUACAUUAAACAUUGGAUGGUGUAUUUCAGCCCCACUUCAGUCGUUAACAGGUUGGGCGUUAUUCCCGUGUCGCUUCCUACGACACCUGGUGAGAGUAUUGGCCCAACACCUUUCCUUUGAAACCGGUGCGCAUCUGGCAGUCCAAUUCGUGAUGUGCGUACACUGCAGAGUCACCGGCACUGCAGGUUUCACUUCAGAAAUUACGAGCAAAUGUUAAUGGUGUUCUGGUUUCAUGUAAUAAACAAUACCUGUAAAGUUUUUUGUACUUUCAUUUCAUUCUAUUAAAAACCGUGAAACUUAAAAAUC